AUGUUCGCUUUAUUGCUUUCUUUAUUCUUCCUGAGUGGGUUAUACUGCCACCUGCAGGAGAAGGACACUAGCUACAAAACAAAUGCUCUAGUUGGGAACUCAUUUUCCCUGCUGGGAUAUUCUCCUGUUUUGUUCUAUUUUUACCUCGGAGGAAGUCCUUUUUUCUUCAUCUCCGCCACUGAAGAUGAUCACCUCUCAAGCAGCUGGCUGGAUGACAGACUUGGUGAUAUUGAUCCUGUGGAAGGUAAGCAGAAUUCCUGCAGCAAUAUUACAAUUACCUGGUACCUGCGACACUGCAACUGUUACAAUGAAAUCUCUGGUAUUGGGGAGGAUCGCGCCAGGAAUUAUUUGGAAAAUCCUGACACAGUCAUUCGCCCUGGCUUGACAGGGUCUUAUACCAAGCAAUCAAGUCAAGUGUCGUCCUGUGACGCAAAGCCUCAGGUCCAGUGCAAGGAAAGUCCGCCACUAAAAAUAGAAGACAGUCCUGAGAAAAAAGAAAAUGCAAUAGCUAAUGCCACCGUAUGUCCGCCUGUAAAGGAGAAUACGAAUGCAGCAGUGAAGACAUGGCAGAAUGGGCCCUACAUCUUGAUUGUCAAUGUGAGCUUCUCACCACCGCCAACUCAGGAUCCUGCCUCCAGUGUGAAGAGUACACAGCCUGAAAGUUCAACCGUGGCUGCAAGCACUAAUGAGUUUCCUUUAGUCUUGAAAAUUGAAGUGAAAGGUCCAUAUGAAUACCUGUCACUGGCUGAUUACCCUCGCAUGAUUUUUUUCAUGGUGAUGUGCAUUGUGUAUGUUUUAUUUGGAGUCCUGUGGCUGUCCUGGUCAGCUUGUUACUGGAGGGACCUGCUGCGGAUCCAGUUCUGGGUGGGAGCUGUGAUCUUGCUAGGGAUGCUGGAGAAAGCUGUAUUCUAUGCCGAGUUCCAGAACAUCCGCUACCAUGGAGAAUCAGUGCAGGGAGCUGUAAUCCUGGGAGAGUUGCUGUCAGCUGUGAAGAGAUCCUUGGCACGGAUACUUGUCAUCAUAGUCAGCCUGGGUUAUGGCAUAGUCAAACCCCGUCUAGGUGCCACACUGCAUAAGGUUGUCAUGGCUGGAGCUCUUUAUCUCCUCUUCUCUGGUGUGGAAGGUGUGCUGAGGGUCUCAGGGCAUUACUUCAGUACCGUAGCAUUGAUAGCACAUCUGGCUCUGUCAUUGAUUGAUGCCUGCAUUCUCUUUUGGAUCUUCAUAAGCCUGACACAGACCAUGAAGCUGCUGAGACUACGAAGGAAUGUGGUCAAGCUGUCUCUUUACAGACACUUCACAAAUACACUUAUCUUGGCUGUAGUAGCAUCAAUUGUAUUCAUUAUCUGGACUACUAUGAAGUUCCACCUCGUAGACUGUCAAUCAGAUUGGCAGGAGCUCUGGGUAGAUGAUGCUAUAUGGCGCCUUCUCUUCUCCAUGAUCCUGUUUGUCAUCAUGAUCCUUUGGAGGCCAUCUGCAAAUAAUCAGAGGUUUGCAUUUUCGCCACUUAUUGAGGAAGAUGAAGAUGAUGAACAAAAGGAACCAAUGUUAAAAGAAAGCUUUGAGGGAAUGAAAAUGAGAACUUCAAAACCAGAAACAAAUGGAAAUACAAAAGUACCCAAAGCUGAGGAGGAUUUGAAAUGGGUGGAGGAGAACAUCCCUUCUUCUGUCACUGACGUAGCUCUCCCAACAUUACUGGAUUCAGACGAGGAACGAAUGAUAACACAUUUUGAAAGAUCCAAAAUGGAGUGAAGAAGAUGAAGAGGUCGAAGAAACGGGUGAACUAAAUUUGAGUGAAGAAUGCUGAAUGUUUCCGAUCAAUGGCCUGCUAUUGGAAAGUAAAGAGGUUGCUAUCAAAGGCAAAGCCUUCCCUCCACAUGAAUCCACUUACCUUAUAUGAGAAAGGUCAAGAACAUGCCCCAAAAUCAUAUAUUACCCUUCAUGCAGGACAUUAAAAUAA